CUUCUUGUAAGGUAAGUACAACAUUUUAUCCCUUCAUAACCAGUAAAGUGGCAGAAGUAGAGGUAGAACCAAGGUCUUCUGACUCCUAUUUGAGUAUCUGUCUACUUUACCCAAAAUACAUAUACUGUUGUGGGGCUGUAGGGAAGUGGGGGUGGGAGAAUAAGAGGAAGUAGACCUAGGUGGGGCAAGCUUGAGAUAGGGAUGUAUCUGGCAUUCUAGAAAUCGGGACCCUGUUUGCCAGGAGUAAGUGGAGCUGAACAUCAGCCUGUUACAGGGACAUAAAGGCACUUAGGCACUGGCAGAGCACUAUGGUUUGAUUGCCAUCUUGGAGUACAGUAGUAUGGUAAGCCAAAGAGUGGUAGUUCUGGAGAAGCUGGGGACUGUCAGAGCUCCCCAGAAUAGACUGGGAGUGAAACAGCAUUCAUGAUUUGCUAAGGAGGCUGGACUACCUGGAAGGAUAAGGUAGGAGCCCAGGAGUUCAAGGCUGCAGUGAACUAUGAUUGUGCCACUGCAUUCCAGCUUGGCAACAGAGCAAGACCCUGUCUCUUAAAAAUAUUGGUCAAGACCAUAAAACAAGAACAUAGGCCAUAGUGAAAACAUAAAAUUUUCUUAGCAGCUGUGGUAGCAAACAUAUUAAUGGUAAGGAGAUAGCUGUAAUGUUAGUCAAUUUUGGCUUGAGACUGAGGACUGGGAAAGAGCCUUCUUCCUCCGGAGGAGUAGUUAAGUCAUCUUACAACUGGGAGUAGGGAGACAAGGACAUGUGAAGCUGAUUCAUGCUUUCAUUAUAUAGUUAAUACUAUUUGGAAACCUGUGUGUAGGUCUGGUCAAUAGACUUCCAUUUUAAUUGCUGUAUGCUAAGUAUCCUCCUAUGUUCUGUAUACUUCAUAUAAUUCUUGCUAGCCCUCAACAGCUUUUUACAAAGUAACUAUUGUUAUACCUAAUUUCUAUUGAGAAAACUGAGCUUCGCUUAGGUAACUUGUCCAAAGUUCUUUACCUUGUAAGUGGUAGAGCUGAGAUUUAUAAGUAGGUCUGUAUGACUCCAGGGCUCUUGUUCUUUCCAUGAUACCAGGUAUUAGGCAUCAAAAUUGGACAGUAGAAUUCUAAUCACAGCUGUACAUAACCAGAAAGUAUGAGUAUGGAUGAGUGUUAGCAUGUAACCAGACACUUGUCUGUUAUGUAUGAUUUGGGCUGAAAGAGUAGAAGGAAUGCUAAGGAAAAUGAGCAUUGGAGAUGUUGAGAGCUCGCAAACUCAUGAUGAAUGUGUAUAUAAUUUAAGUAAUGCACUUGCUGUGCAUAUGUAGAGCCUUAAGAUAAAAUUUCCAAUGCUCCCUUCCCUCAUUAGUUUUUUCUUUCUAAAGUCCUUCUAUAUUGAGAUUAUAUAGCUGCCACUGAAGACUGUAGCUGGUAGCCAGGACCUGGAACUUUUUGGCAAGAGGAUGUUAUCUGGAGGAUCCAUGUAUGCUGAGAUCACCAUAAUCAUGAAUUCUUCUCCCACUGUAAAGUUUGAGGAGGUUGCUAUCAAGAUCAUAGAUAAGACCCAGCUGGAUGAAGAAAACUUGAAGAAGAUUUUCCGGGAAGUUCAAAUUAUGAAGAUGCUUUGCCACCCCCAUAUCAUCAGGCUCUACCAGGUUAUGGAGACAGAACGGAUGAUUUAUCUGGUGACAGAAUAUGCUAGUGGAGGGGAAAUAUUUGACCACCUGGUGGCCCAUGGUAGAAUGGCAGAAAAGGAGGCCCGUCGAAAGUUCAAACAGAUUGUCACAGCUGUCUAUUUUUGUCACUGUCGGAACAUUGUUCAUCGAGAUUUAAAAGCUGAAAAUUUACUUCUGGAUGCCAAUCUGAAUAUCAAAAUAGCAGAUUUUGGUUUCAGUAACCUCUUCACUCCUGGGCAGCUGCUGAAGACCUGGUGUGGCAGCCCUCCCUAUGCUGCACCUGAACUCUUUGAAGGAAAAGAAUAUGAUGGGCCCAAAGUGGACAUCUGGAGCCUUGGAGUUGUCCUCUAUGUGCUUGUGUGCGGUGCCCUGCCAUUUGAUGGAAGCACACUGCAGAAUCUGCGGGCCCGCGUGCUGAGUGGAAAGUUCCGCAUCCCAUUUUUUAUGUCCACAGAAUGUGAGCAUUUGAUCCGCCAUAUGUUGGUGUUAGACCCCAAUAAGCGCCUCUCCAUGGAGCAGAUCUGCAAGCACAAGUGGAUGAAGCUAGGGGACGCCGAUCCCAACUUUGACAGGUUAAUAGCUGAAUGCCAACAACUAAAGGAAGAAAGACAGGUGGACCCCCUGAAUGAGGAUGUCCUCCUGGCCAUGGAGGACAUGGGACUGGACAAAGAACAGACACUGCAGUCAUUAAGAUCAGAUGCCUAUGAUCACUAUAGUGCAAUCUACAGCCUGCUGUGUGAUCGACAUAAGAGACAUAAAACCCUGCGUCUCGGAGCACUUCCUAGCAUGCCCCGAGCCCUGGCCUUUCAAGCACCAGUCAAUAUCCAGGCGGAGCAGGCAGGUACUGCUAUGAACAUCAGCGUUCCCCAGGUGCAGCUGAUCAACCCAGAGAACCAAAUUGUGGAGCCGGAUGGGACACUGAAUUUGGACAGUGAUGAGGGUGAAGAGCCUUCCCCUGAAGCAUUGGUGCGCUAUUUGUCAAUGAGGAGGCACACAGUGGGUGUGGCUGACCCACGCACGGAAGUUAUGGAAGAUCUGCAGAAGCUCCUCCCUGGCUUUCCUGGAGUCAACCCACAGGCUCCAUUCCUGCAGGUGGCCCCUAAUGUGAACUUCAUGCACAACCUGUUGCCUAUGCAAAAUUUGCAACCAACCGGGCAACUUGAGUACAAGGAGCAGUCUCUCCUACAGCCGCCCACGCUACAGCUGUUGAAUGGAAUGGGCCCCCUUGGCCGGAGGGCAUCAGAUGGAGGAGCCAACAUCCAACUGCAUGCCCAGCAGCUGCUGAAGCGCCCACGGGGACCCUCUCCGCUUGUCACCAUGACACCAGCAGUGCCAGCAGUUACCCCUGUGGACGAGGAGAGCUCGGAUGGGGAGCCAGAUCAGGAAGCUGUGCAGAGGUACUUGGCAAAUAGGUCCAAAAGACAUACACUGGCCAUGACCAACCCUACAGCUGAGAUCCCACCGGACCUACAACGGCAGCUAGGACAGCAGCCUUUCCGUUCCCGGGUCUGGCCUCCUCACCUGGUACCUGAUCAGCAUCGCUCUACCUACAAGGACUCCAACACUCUGCACCUCCCUACGGAGCGUUUCUCCCCUGUGCGCCGGUUCUCAGAUGGGGCUGCGAGCAUCCAGGCCUUCAAAGCUCACCUGGAAAAAAUGGGCAACAACAGCAGCAUCAAACAGCUGCAGCAGGAGUGUGAGCAGCUGCAGAAGAUGUACGGGGGGCAGAUUGAUGAAAGAACCCUGGAGAAGACCCAGCAGCAGCAUAUGUUAUACCAGCAGGAGCAGCACCAUCAAAUUCUCCAGCAACAAAUUCAAGACUCUAUCUGUCCUCCUCAGCCAUCUCCACCUCUUCAGGCUGCAUGUGAAAAUCAGCCAGCCCUCCUUACCCAUCAGCUCCAGAGGUUAAGGAUUCAGCCUUCAAGCCCACCCCCCAACCACCCCAACAACCAUCUCUUCAGGCAGCCCAGUAAUAGUCCUCCCCCCAUGAGCAGUGCCAUGAUCCAGCCUCACGGGGCUGCAUCUUCUUCCCAGUUUCAAGGCUUACCUUCCCGCAGUGCUAUCUUUCAGCCGCAACCUGAGAACUGUUCCUCUCCUCCCAAUGUGGCACUAACCUGCUUGGGUAUGCAGCAGCCUGCUCAGUCACAGCAGGUCACCAUCCAAGUCCAAGAGCCUGUUGACAUGCUCAGCAACAUGCCAGGCACAGCUGCAGGCUCCAGUGGGCGUGGCAUCUCCAUCAGCCCCAGUGCCACUCAGAUGCAGAUGCAGCACCGUACCAACCUGAUGGCCACCCUCAGCUAUGGGCACCGUCCCUUGUCCAAGCAGCUGAGUGCUGACAGUGCAGAGGCUCACAGCUUGAACGUGAAUCGGUUCUCCCCUGCUAACUACGACCAGGCGCAUUUACACCCCCAUCUGUUUUCGGACCAGUCCCGGGGUUCCCCCAGCAGCUACAGCCCUUCAACAGGAGUGGGGUUCUCUCCAACCCAAGCCCUGAAAGUCCCUCCACUUGACCAAUUCCCCACCUUCCCUCCCAGUGCACAUCAGCAGCCGCCACACUAUACCACAUCGGCACUACAACAGGCCCUGCUGUCUCCCACGCCGCCAGACUAUACAAGACACCAGCAGGUACCCCACAUCCUUCAAGGACUGCUUUCUCCCCGGCAUUCGCUCACCGGCCACUCGGACAUCCGGCUGCCCCCAACAGAAUUUGCACAGCUCAUUAAAAGGCAGCAGCAACAACGGCAGCAGCAGCAGCAACAGCAGCAACAGCAAGAAUACCAGGAACUGUUCAGGCACAUGAACCAAGGGGAUGCGGGGAGUCUGGCUCCCAGCCUUGGGGGACAGAGCAUGACAGAGCGCCAGGCUUUAUCUUAUCAAAAUGCUGACUCUUAUCACCAUCACACCAGCCCCCAGCAUCUGCUACAAAUCAGGGCACAAGAAUGUAUCUCACAGGCUUCCUCAGCCACCCCACCCCACGGGUUUGCUCACCAGCCGGCACUGAUGCAUUCAGAGAGCAUGGAGGAGGACUGCUCGUGUGAGGGGGCCAAGGACGGCUUCCCAGACAGUAAGAGUUCAAGUACAUUGACCAAAGGUUGCCAUGACAGCCCUCUGCUCUUGAGUACCGGUGGACCUGGGGACCCUGAGUCUUUGCUAGGAACUGUGAGUCACGCCCAAGAAUUGGGGAUACAUCCCUAUGGUCAUCAGCCAACUGCUGCAUUCAGUAAAAAUAAAGUGCCCAGCAGAGAGCCUGUCAUAGGGAACUGCAUGGAUCGAAGUUCUCCAGGACAAGCAGUGGAGCUGCCGGAUCACAAUGGGCUCGGGUACCCAGCACGCCCCUCCGUCCAUGAGCACCACAGGCCCCGGGCCCUCCAGAGACACCACACGAUCCAGAACAGCGACGAUGCUUAUGUACAGCUGGAUAACUUGCCAGGAAUGAGUCUCGUGGCUGGGAAAGCACUUAGCUCUGCCCGGAUGUCAGAUGCAGUUCUCAGUCAGUCUUCGCUCAUGGGCAGCCAGCAGUUUCAGGAUGGGGAAAAUGAGGAAUGUGGGGCAAGCCUGGGAGGUCAUGAGCACCCAGACCUGAGUGAUGGCAGCCAGCAUUUAAACUCCUCUUGCUAUCCAUCUACGUGUAUUACAGACAUUCUGCUCAGCUACAAGCACCCUGAAGUCUCCUUCAGCAUGGAGCAGGCAGGCGUGUAACAAGAAACAGAGAGUUUUGUGUACAGCUUGGGAAUGAAAAGGUUGAUUGUAAACCCACAGUAUCUAGCAGCAUUGCGCCAAAUUGCCCUUGUGUUUCUCUCCACCCAAAAUAUCACAGCUGCUUUCCUCACAUUUGGUUCAUCUGUGUGCUGUUCUUUUGGGUUCGGAGAAGGUUUUGCCAUGUUUGCUUGUAUGACCAAGUCACCAAGGAAAUAAACAGGAAGGAAAUCCAUGUUCUCCAUCUUUUGUGAAAGUAUAUUUGAAUUGGUGGUGUUUUGUUUUGUUUUUGGUAUGUUUUCUUCCGGAGGUGAUUUACUUUUUUUUUUUUCUUCCUUUCUUUUUUUUCUUUCGUUCCUUUUUUGAAACAGGAGAGCAAAGCAGUUAGAGUUCAGAGGCCAGGGGCCUCAGGGCCACUCCCUCCCUAGUCUUCAUCAGCAGAGCACCCUCCAUCCCCCUGCAUUGCUCUUCUGUGAAAGCAAAUACUAAAGGAUGCCAUCCUCUGGAAUCCUAAUGGCAGGCAAAGGGAGAGAGGAAGGGUGACGGCUUCUGGCACUUAGAAAACAAAAAACAAAAAAAGAGAAACCCCCAAGCCUGGAACCCAGAGAGGUCUUUACUGCUGGGAUCCACGGAAAACAUGUCUGUCCCAGCCAGGAUCAUAUGAAGAGUUUGGCACGGAGGCUGAGAAUGACCUGGCAUAGAUGGUUUGCCAGUUAGAAUGUCUCAAUUUGAGCCUUUGCUUUUGGUGGAUAACUCAGCUCCCCUCUUGUAACCUGGAAAGUUGGUUGCCUUUAUCAUCCUGCUAGUUUUAUCCAUGGACUGAACACCCAACAGCAGUGCACUAUGCUUUCUGUGGCAUCUUUCAUUCUCAUUUUAUAUUGUGCUAUAAAAAGGAUUGUUUCUCCAUAUAUAUAUUAUAUAUGUGUGUAUAUAUAUAAUAUAUAUAUUAUAUAUGUAUGUAUAUAUAUUUUAUAUAUAUAUUAUAUAUAUAUACAUAUAUAUAUAUAUGCUCUCCCCUUUCAGCCUCUUUGUCACAGGGAAGUGUAGGAGGUUGCCUUGGGCCCUGCCUCUCUCCUAACCUCCUCUUCCCCACUGGGCAACCUCAGCCCCUAUAUUUUAAUUCUUGAUCAUGUAGAAAUUGUUUUUGGUAAAUGUUGAUAUUAUUGUUAUUAUCAUUAUUAAUAAAUAAAGAGAAAAUGAAUUUUUGUUUAAAUGAGAAAUGUUUAAGCAGAUUCUGUUCUAUUUGAAUUGUGACUUGCACCUUUUGUUCAAAGUAUUUCCUUUAGGCAUUGUAAUUGUGAACAGCUCUUACUUGUGCCAGUGACAGAUGCAGUGGUCUCCUUUCCCCAGUUGAAGCAGUGCAUACGCAAUAGCUAUUGUUUGUGUUAUCUUUAUUUCUCUUCAUUGUUAGAAACCAAAGUCUUCUCUGCUGGCUGGGGCUGAGAGAGGGUCUGGGUUAUCUCCUUCUGAUCUUCAAAACAAGAGAGAGACCUUGAAUACACUGACUCUCCACCCUUUUUUUUUCUGGGAAAGGAGAGCAAGAGGUCCUGAGUCCCCUCCUAGUCUUUCAUCCUGAAUUUGCACAGAGGAAAGCGGGUGCCCGGCAUGGCCAUCCUGAUGUUGCUGGCGGGAUCCCCAUGCACCUUGUCCUUCUCCACUGAUACUGGCAGCUCAGCUCCUGGACCCAAUAUCCCUUGAGUGGAAUUCUGCAUUGCAAGAGCCCUUCCUGGGAGCUGUCCCACGUUUCCAUGGUCCCCAGUUUCCCCUCCACUUGGUGGGCUCACCAACUACUCACCAGAAGGGGGCUUACCAAGAAAGCCCUAAAAGCUGUUGACUUAUCUGCGCUUGUUCCAACUCUUAUGCCCCCAACCUGCCCUACCACCACCACGCGCUCAGCCUGAUCUGUUUACAUGGUACUGUAUGUAUGGGAGAGCAGACUGCACCCUCCAGCAACACCAGAUGAAAGCCAGUGAGCCUACUAACCGUGCCAUCUUGCAAACUACACUUUAAAAAAAACUCAUUGCUUUGUAUUGUAGUAACCAAUAUGCGCAGUAUAUGUUGAAUGUAUAUGAACAUACUUUCCUAUUUCUGUUCUUUGAAAAUGUCAGAAAUAUUUUUUUCUUUCUCAUUUUAUGUUGAACUAAAAAGGAUUAAAAAAAAAAUCUCCAGACUCAAGUUGCUAAGAA